UGAACUAUGUACUCGUGUCAAGGCUGUUACGGAUGUAUCAUGUGGUAGUGAAUUACAAGAUACUUGUGAAGAAGAAGGCAUCAUAUUAUGGCCAGGUCUCAAGAUGAGCUUUCCUCAAGCCCCUCUAGUCAGGAUCCAGGACAAUGAACUUGAUUACGCGCCCUCUCGAAAUGCAUGCAAACAACUGGCAGCUAAUCCUGAGGCCCCUCUGUUUCGCCUGCCUCCUUUAGGAUCCUAUGAAAAAGAAAUGUGCGGACCUGUAUUGCUUAUAUGCAACGUCCAUUCUCCUGGAAUGAGUUGUUUCUCUCCAUAUACCAAGAGCACCUUCUACAGGGAGAAUAUGGAGAUUGAUAUUGACGAUGUGUUGUACUCCAAUGGUAGCUGGUUCUUACUAAGGGAGGCAAAUAUAAUCAGCCUUUGGAAUGUUAACACAGAGAAGCGAUGGUUUGUUGGCGAAGCUGAGGAGAUUAUUCAUCAGGGAUAUUUUAUCGGGAACCCACCAUUCGAUGUGACAAUAGCUCUUGCGCGACAACAUCCCCCAAAGCUCGGAGAAGAAGCUAUAACUGCAAUCUGGCUCAGAUCGGUUAAGAUUGGUGGCUGGAGCAAAGGGUCGGUGAGGUGUGAUUAUGAGCACAGCGGGUUGAAUAGCCUCACCAUUCAUCAGGGCAUGCUUUUUUGGUUAACUGACAGCGGUUCGUUGUGUUGUGCGAGGCAAACAUCUGAGGGCUUAGAACUUAUGAUUUGGAACGGCUCAGUGAGAAUAUAUGGGAUGAACUUUUCACUGGUAAAGCAUUUUGAUGACCUAUACAUUGUGAACGGUGGCGGUUUUUUCCCAAAUGAAGUAGCUAAAUCAUACCAAAUCGUCGUUGGAGAUGAGCUUCUUGUUGAUGAAAAGAGGUUGAAGGGGAAAGACGUAUUUACAGUCUCAAGACAAGGAGGUUUUGUACUCCCAUCAUCCGAAGCGGAUAAUGGCAAGUUAUUCACUGGAAACAUGAUACCGGAUGUCGACUGCUCUAUGUACAGCUGGAAAAACAAUCAAAAUGAAAUUAUAAAGCCCUGCCACUUUCUUCGCCACGCUACCUGUAGCAGUGUUUGGGCUAUGCUGCGUACCAAGAGGCGAACCUAGCAAAACUCCAGUAACUACCUUGUAGAGGCAACUCUUGCCAGCCUGUUCAAUAAACCUGGGCCAUGUUCUUUGCGCUUUAUCCACUGCCAGUGCCUGUCGGCUGUCGCAAUACUGCAUGAAUCAACUGUGAGAUAACAUUUGGAAUAAGCUGUUUUUCCUGUUGGGCUACCACUUAUCAUGAUUGGAUGAAUAUGUGCUCUUCUAGUCCCGUACAUAUAUGUCCUAUACUGGAUGAUCUGUGCUUCAUUCUAUAGGUUGAUACACUGUGAUCUUCUGCAAAACAUGCAGAGCAAUGUAACUCUCACAUACUGGAUGAUGUAUACUGCUCGUUUUCUUUAGAGAAUAUAUUUGAACAAAGUAAAACGGUUGCCAGUUGGAUGUUCAAUUUUAUUCUGCCUCCUGACAACAUAAUUCUUUGUCAGUGAACCAGUUGCCACAGUUUUCCCCAAACUCGGAUACUUUCUCGUGAUAAUUUUUAACAUCUCUCUUCCUUUCCAAACUUUUUGAAGUAUAUGCAUGGAAACCUUUUGAUGAUGAGAGUGUAAAGGCAUUUAUGUGAUUUUUGGGAGGUACAAAUGUAGAUUUGAAUAUUGAUGGUGGUUGGCUAUGAUUUUUGUGUUCACUUGAAAAGUGUGAACUUCAAGUUGAGAGUAUAGUUUUUGAGCUGAAAGUCGGGGGAAAUUCAAGAUGUAAGCUCCCCCAUUUUGUUGACAGAUUGGAAAAUUUGCUGUUCAAGGUUGAGAGUAAGAUAUCAAAUCUCUAGUUGAAAGAGGAUAUAUUUGCCUCAAAAGACAUUGACCCACAGUUAUAACUUGUAAUUGAAA